AUGCGGACCAACUUCACCGACGCACAAGACAAACUAGAGUGGAAGGAGGUGGCGCGGGCCAUAAGGAGUAAACAUUCUGUCCAAGCGCUUGAGAACCGGCUGCAUGCUCUGAAGCGCACGUAUGGACGUGAUCUAUCAAGAUUUCCACCGUGUUUUUUCUCCACGUCGACGCCAACAUUAUCUCAUAAGCAGCAUUUUCGUCUUCUGGAGCCGAGCCAAGCCGAAAGCGCUAUCCGCGAUAUCUUCAGCAGCGUUUCGGCCGCGGACGUUCGUCAACAAGCGGGAAAGACGGUUGAGAACGCAGGUGAGAUGCUGCCUGCCGCAUCAAGCGUGAUUCAAAUGAUUGGAGCUGUGCAUCGAGACGACGUCUUUCUUGACAUUGGUGCUGGCCCGGGGAAUGUUGCGGCGCAGUUUGCGAUUCAGACGAUUGCACGCCAAUGCUUGGGAAUCGAGAAACGACCGGAAUGUUUGAGCCAAGGAGACGCUCUUGAUACGCCACUUUCGUCGCGUUUACCAUUUCAGCGUGCAUCAAUAGUUUUUCUAAACGAUUUCCUGUUUGAUGAAUUAGCAAAGCUGGCCGUACAAGAGCAACUGUAUAUGAUGCCGAGAGUACGUUUGAUCGUUUCUACGUCUCGCUAUUGUCCUCGCCAUCGCGAUUCCUGCCGAAGAAGAUUUUGCUCCAAGUGGAGGCUCGCGAAAAUCACGUAUGGACGGGGUAGCUGGAAGUCUCCUCCAAUCCCAAUUUACAUGUACACGACUGUCCAGCGACUGGAGAUUAUAGUGCGCUGA